CAGCAGGAAGAAAGGGGGGUUGGGAGGUAGUGUCCGGUCCGUCGGCGCAGACAGCUCUCCCAAACCUCGGACUCCCCCAGUCCCACCGCGGCCGAGCGCCCUAUAGGGCGAGAAGGGAAGUCCAAAAAGUGCUGGAGUAGAGGGAAGAAAAUUCAAAACGAGUCUACUCAACCUCGUCUUGGCUCCGAGGCCCCGCCAUGGAGACCCUCACAGUGCGCAGGCGCACCCCUCCGGGAGCGCGCAGCGCAGUCGCUCGAGAUAAGACCACUAUCAGCCACCGUCGCGUGUUUCCCUUCUGAUUCGUUCUUUCUUUCGUAUCCCCUCCUCUCACCUGGAUCUAAAGCUUGAAGCUAGUGGCGAAACACCAAGAAAAAUCUCGGCAAGCCAUGGCUCAGCUCCAGACACGCUUCUUCACUGACAACAAAAAAUAUGCGGUAGAUGAUGUUCCCUUCUCGAUCCCUGCAGCCUCUGAAAUUGCUGACCUUAGUAACAUCAUCAAUAAAUUGCUGGAGGCCAAAAAUGAGUUCCACAAACAUGUGGAGUUUGAUUUCCUUAUCAAGGGCCAGUUUCUGCGAAUGCCCUUGUUCAAGCACAUGGAACUGGAGAACAUCUCAUCAGAAGAGGUUGUGGAACUUGAGUACGUGGAGAAGUAUACUGCACCUCAGCCAGAACAAUGCAUGUUCCACGAUGACUGGAUCAGUGCAAUCGAGGGAGCAGAGGAAUGGAUCUUGACUGGUUCUUAUGAUAAGACUUCUCGGAUCUGGUCCUCAGAAGGAAAGUCAAUAAUGACAAUUGUGGGACAUACAGACGUUGUAAAAGAUGUGGCCUGGGUGAAAAAAGAUAGUUUGUCCUGUCUGCUACUGAGUGCCUCUAUGGAUCAGACCAUUCUCUUAUGGGAGUGGAAUGUGGAGAGAAACAAAGUGAAAGCCCUGCACUGCUGCAGAGGUCAUGCUGGAAGUGUGGAUACUUUAGCUGUUGAUAGCACAGGAACCAGAUUUUGCAGUGGCUCCUGGGAUAAGAUGCUAAAGAUUUGGUCUACAGUCCCUACAGAUGAAGAAGAUGAGAUGGAAGAAUCCACAAAUCGACCAAGAAAGAAACAGAAAACAGAGCAAUUGGGGCUAACAAGGACUCCCAUAGUGACCCUCUCUGGCCACAAGGAAGCAAUUUCCUCGGUUCUGUGGUCAGAUGCGGAAGAAAUCUGCAGUGCAUCUUGGGACCACACAAUUGGAGUGUGGGAUGUUGAGUCUGGCAGUCUGAAGUCAACUUUGACAGGAAAUAAAGUAUUUAAUUGUAUCUCCUAUUCUCCACUUUGUAAACGUUUAGCAUCUGGAAGCACAGAUAGGCACAUCAGACUGUGGGAUCCCCGAACUAAAGAUGGCUCUUUGGUGUCACUGUCUCUAACCUCACAUACAGGCUGGGUCACUUCAGUAAAGUGGUCUCCUACUCAUGAGCAGCAGCUGAUUUCAGGUUCUUUAGAUAACAUUGUCAAGCUAUGGGAUACAAGAAGUUGUAAGGCUCCUCUCUAUGAUCUGGCUGCUCAUGAAGACAAAGUUUUGAGUGUAGACUGGACAAACACAGGGUUACUUCUGAGUGGAGGAGCAGACAAUAAAUUGUAUUCCUACAGAUAUUCACCCACCACAUCCCAUGUGGGGGCAUGAGAGUGAAUGAUAAUUUGACAACAAAGAUUCCUUCUGUAAAUGAAAUCGAUAGAGAAUUCUCAGAUUACAUCAAUGCAGCUGUAGGAAGCAGCUUUUUAGAUUAAAGGUUAUGUACUGUUUCACCCUUAA